AUGGGUUUGGCUAGAAUUCGACAAGUCCGAUCUUCUGAGAAGUGUGAGACAAUCAAAGGGUUUGUAGGACAUGUGAAAUGUUCCGCUGAUUACUCGAUGAAUUCGGAACAAGAUGGUGAAUUCUGUAGAGGUUGGCAGCCGUACAACGAUACCUGUUUCGACGAGAACGAAGACAUUGACUAUGCAUUCAAAUACUACACGUCGGAGGAUACAGAAGCGGUACUAACCAAUGGCGAGCAUGCGAUAUACGGAUCAGGAGGCUACUACAUUGAUAUCGGGCCUAAACAAUCUGCAGCCUUCCGCUCUAUCGCCGACCUUCAGACGAGCAAAUGGAUUGACAGUGAUACAAGGGCAAUGUUCGUCACUUUUAUGGCGUAUAAUGCGAACACGAAUCUGUUCAGUUAUGUUAACGUGAUAUUCGAGUUACCUGUCAUUGGUGGAGUAACAUUCACUAUGGACACGGUUUCUGCUAAUUUGUACCCUUACAACACGCCAUGGGAUUACAUCGUUCUCUUAGCGCAGUUUAUCUUCGUCAUUGUUGUCAUCAUCAGACUAGUAUUACUCGUCAAAGAUGGCGUCAUGUCCAAAGGGAAGUUACUUCGCACUCUUCGAUUCUACUUUACAGCGUUAGAUAUAUUGAUUAGUAUAGGCGCAAUCGUGUGUUACAUCAUCAGACUGGACGGAACUGUUACCGCAAUUGAAAAGAUUGCCAAGAACCCAAGACAAUACGUUUCAUUUGAACAAGCUAGUACUAUGGAUUCCGUCUUCAUGGCGUUUAUGGGUUUCGCUUCCUUCUGCGCGAUCAUCAACCUCUUAACACCAUUGACCUUCAGCUACCAUUUCCACUUGUUUAAGGUAUUUCUCGACAUAUCUAAAAGCACAUUGUUCUCCCUGUUUAUAGUUCAGGCGAUACUGCUCAUUGCCUUUGCAUCUGUCGUAUAUAUUUUUUUCCACAUGGACAUAUGGGAACUACGGAACAUGUACAGCACGCUACUCUUCCUGUACAGGGUGGCUCUGGGCAUGUUCAAGAUCGCGAACAGCAUCAAGUUCAUCGAUUACGGAAGCAUCAUUGUGUUCACAAUAUUCGGGAUUUCAAUCAGUGUUAUUGUGAUGAACCUUUGCAUAAGUGUAUUGAAUGAGGGACUUGCACAUGCGCAGAUCGUCGUAAAGAAGAAGACCAAACAUAAAUUUGACAAAGAACUGAAUGAAUUCUUCUUUUGGAAAAUGGACAACUUCUUGCGAGCGUUAACGUGUAGUAACAGGAAAAAAGCAACUGUGAUGAGCAAAUACGCACCACAAGCAACAGAAACUUCAAAUAGACUUCAACAAAUACAGACAAUGAAAGGCUUCGAGAACUUUGUUUUUAAUAUGGCAAGAGAGGCCGCCUCCAACGAGCAGCAAAUCUUUAAAAGGUGUCUACACUGGCAACACAAAACGCCACAUAGAAAUCAGCUACGUUCCAUAUGUACUGAAAAUACCAACGAAACGAACAUCAAGUAUUACGACCACGCCUCAAACUUCACGAUGGCCUUCGUGUUCCCAAUGGCUGUCAGUGACGAAGACGUCAUUGUACGCACCAUUCCUGUAGUAAAGGCCAAAAUUCGACACCUGUAUCCGUGUGACCAUUCAUCUGUGCCUCUUAGUAAGAUGUUUAAAGUGAAAGCCAAAGCAUCGCUACGUAAGAAGAGCUCAGUGCAAGUUUUUAUCGUGGAUAACAAGCCGAAGAUUGAUAAAGAGUUACCGUCCUUCGUUGUGUUAUCACACGACAACGGAAAAACGUGGGAGACCAUUGCGGUCAGCCCAGAUUCACGGGUUAUGGUACAGAAGGCACCAUGUGUGUCUGCGAUCGUCCGUGCAUGUCCGACGCACAUCAUGGCCAUCUCGUGCGAAUUAUGGCCGGAUGUUCCCGACUUUAUGAUGAACCGUCUAGAGAUACACACGGUGUCCCCUAGAGGAGGUUUGAUCCGGUUCCGGUGUAACAACAGGAUCCUUAUCAAAGCAGACAAAAAUUCUGUCGACCGAGAUGUAGACAUCUGCGUCAUGGAACAGGAGUCCAGACCUACGCCAAUGGUUACUUUAACGGCGACAGAAGACAUUACACGGCCACUUACACUAUAUAUACCGUUCAACAUGCUGGAUAGAGGAGAGAGCGCAAAGAGCCUGAUCAUAUUAGUCAAAGAUGGAGAUCUCAAGUGGCAGAAGGCACCUUGUGGAGCGAACAAAGUACACGGCUGUAUCGUGUUUGUAAUAAACAGUCUAAAUAGACGGGUUGCAAAGAAAAUAUUAGUGAAGAAAAACGAAAUAGAACAGAACUUGACUGCUGCUGCAAUACCUGACCCUUAUCUGAGGACGGCAAUAAGAGCAGUUUGUAGCAGCAAAAUCUCCCGUAGAUGGCGCUAUCUAGGAAAAUCCCUUGGACUGCCACUUAUCUACCUAGAUUGCGUCGACAAUAGAAAUUCUCCCCUCUGUGUAGAGGAAAAGUGCAGUUUCAUUCUACAUGAAUGGACCGUCCGAAAUCCCAGUGCAACUGUUGAAGAUUUGGACAAAUGUUUAUAUAAACUCGGUUUUCCACAGGUUAACAAGCUCGCCAAUUUCAUUUAA